AUGGUUAUCUGUAGUUCAGUAAGGAGGUCUCCUCCCAGCAAGUUAACUGGACAGUCAGCGGAUCACCAUGUCUCAUGUGUGAGAGGACCCACAGACCUUGUGCUACAUUACUCUCUUGUGACCCCAGAUCCUUUGCCCAGUGAUGGAUGUCUUGCUCUUUGCUUUCGUUAUGGUUAUUCUUACUACAGUAGAGAUGAUUUGCAGCGAUGCCUUUGUGGCUUCACCACAACAGAUCACAAUGAUACCUGCUCAGGGGUGUGCUCAAGAAAUGGGAAAUACAACAACUGCAAUAAAAAUAUCAUACAGGAUCUUCAUACUGUGCAGGUGUCAGUCUCACUAUCAGCCUCAUCAUACUAUUCUGUGUUCCAGUCUGCUGAGUUUUAUGCAUUGGCUUCUGUCCCAGUCACACAUUAUAUGUGGGAAUACAGUGAUGGUAGCAAGCCUGUUAUUACAACUCUUGGAGUGACAAGUCACAAAAGCAGUCUGCCUGGGCAAUAUACAGUCAAAGUGAAAGCAGAAGGGCAAGAUCCUGCUGCAGAAUUCACAGUGAUCACGGCAGUGCCUGUAGACAGAGCAGAGCUGCAUUGCCCUGAAGUGGUGCAAACAGGGCAAAACUUGGAGGUGUGGCUUGAAAUUAACCAGGGCACAAAUCUCCAAAUAGUUUAUGGGGUUCAACAACCAGAUGGUCAGCAUCUGACAGAUGAUUCAUCCUGUCCCCGUGGUGGAAGAAUCUUCCAGGGUAAUUUGCACUGCUAUUGGUUAAAUCAGGUGAAGGAGUCUCUGGUAAAUGCGCGCCGUCGCUGUGCUUCAAUACCUGGAGGGAAACUUGCCUACAUAACCUCAGUGGAUCAACUAACCUUCAUACAGGAAACUUUCUCAGGGAAUUCUCCAGUGUGGCUCAAUAUCUCCCAGCCUCUGAAACAAGAUGAUGGGAGUACCCUGACUGUGCCAAGCUCAGAUGGUCAGGAAAUAGCGCAGGAGUGCACGCGUCUGCCAUUAAUACCCGGGCAAAUCUAUCAGAGAAGCUCCUGCUUAGUGAAGGCACCUUCUGUUUGUGAGUGCAGAGCUGGAGUGCACCUUCCUGAUGUUCCGGUGUAUGUGGUAGGUAAUCCUGUUUUCGAUGACAUUGACACAGAAAAUGCCACAUUAUUGCCUGUUCUUGAAGAUCCACAAAGCGAUAUUGAAAUAAUGAUAUUUCCUGGCCUUUGGUUUAGCCAUUCUGGGUCUCUUCUUGCUUUGGAUUUGGGAGUUCACCCUUUGCAGUAUGAGCUGCAGGCUCGAGUUCAGAUUCUGCGCCCAUUUUGCAGCCCAGAGCUACAUUUGCUUCCACCUGGUUGUGAAUUAAUGAAGUCUCCAUUUGCUACAUGCUAUCCACAGCCCUUGUGUAACACAACAGGGGGAUGUCCAAGUGGGAAACAGUGGUGUCCACUUACUGAAAACUGCCUCAGGCUUGACCAUCCCUGUAGUACUUACUCCUCCAAGGACUACCCUUACCCUCCUCGAUACAUAGGUAGCCCACCAUUGUACUCACCAGUCGCUGACAUGCUGCUGCAUUUCUCUCCUAGCAACAAAAGGAGAAACAUUCAAGUCCUACUGUCACACUUGUCUCACUCUGUAUACCCCGAUGAUAUCCUUUCUAUACAACACACAGGCGGCAGGGGAUCUUUCCUGCACUGCACCUCCAGCUCUGAUUCAGCUUGGCGGCAGAGUUAUAUCAGCAUGGUACACCGAGGAUGGCUGACAGAGUCUCUUCUCAUAGAUUCUGACAGCUGGGUUGAUGAUGUGGUUUGUGACCUUCAUGUGAUUUAUGGGUCAGAGUUACGCAGCCUUGUGGUCUCCCCAUUGUUAUGGGGUUUUCAUGGAGUCGGAACAUACACAGUCAGUGCUGUCUUGAACAAUGAAAUUAGCUCAACUGUAGCUAGCUGUGAGGUGACUGUUCAGAGUCCCAUCACUGAUUUGCAGUUUCUUUACCCUACACAUUGCAAUGACUCUUUGCAUGUUGCUACUCAAGAUCCAAGUCUGGUGGUUAUCGGUGCUCGGAGUAUACCUCCUGUUCAUGUUCAGUGGUCAACAACAAUCCAGAGUGGAGAGUCCAUGAUGCAGCAGGAAUGUCCUUUGGCUGUGGUAUCUUUAUUACCUAUUUGCCACACCCGUCCCUUGGAUUUGAUGUUUGCCUGGAUGGAAUUGUACAUAGAUAAUCCACAAACUAUCACACUUAGCGUCAUUCUCACCAAUGAUAUCAGUGUAAAAAAUCUCACAAUGCAAAUCCAGUCACAUGAUGCUAUUCAGGGGCUUCGUAUUCUUUCUCAUGGACCUUAUAACUUUCAGCUAAACCAGACACGGAUUUUCACAGCUGAACUUACUCAUGGCUCAUCAGUUACAUUCACAUGGACUAUGGAUAACAAUGAAGAGUUCUCAUACAAGGGUCCAAGCUAUGUAGUGACAUUCAGAACUCCAGGUGUGUUUCUGCUGAAGGUACUUGCUCAGAACCCAGUCAGUUCUCAGGACGUGGACAUGGUUAUUAAUGUACAUGGAAUCUUCCAACCACAUAAUGCUGAACUCAUUGUGUUCUCCACUUUUCUGCUGGUCUCCGAGGCUCAGGAAAUGUGUUUCCAGUUUCAGUUGGAAAGGUCAUCGACAGUAAACAUAAGCUGGAACUUUGGAGAUGGCAGUCCACUACUGAAUAGAAGCGUUUCUGUUCCAAAUGAUGUCCAGCACCUACAAAUCUCUACAGAGCCGCUGAUCACUUUGAACAUGACAGAAAGUCACAUCUAUACCCAGGAAGGUCAAUAUGAAGUGAAAGUGAUUGCAUAUAAUAGCGACUCCGAGUUUACACGCUCAGUGGUACUAAAGGCUGUUCUACCACUGACCUCCAUGAUCCUGAGAGUAGAUCAUUCAUCUCCGGAACUACAGAAAUCUGCAUUGUUCUCCACUUUAUGCCUACCCUCUCAUUUUGCAGUGACGGUUACUUGGAAUUUUGGUGAUAAGUCCGAAGUUGUACAGAGCAGUGACCUACAAAUAACACAUGUCUACACAUCUUUUGGCACUUAUAAUGUAACUGCAACUGCCAGUAAUGGGCGAAGCCAUGUAACAAGAACAUUGAUGAUUACCAUUGAACAGCAGAUUGAAGGGAUUCAAGUACUGAGCAACGGGCCUACUGAGCUUGGUACAGAAACCAUAGUCACUUGCUCACUAACUCAGGGCACAAAUGUUACAUGGAGCUUUUACAUGGGGGAUGGUAAAUCCUACAUUAAUCAGUCAGAUGCACAAGUAAAACAUAGAUAUAACCAGCAGGGUAAUUAUACUGUUACGGUAAUUGGUAGAAAUGCAUUGAGCUCUGUCAGUAAAUCACUCAUUGUGCAAAUUUGCAGAAUGCAAAUCACCAACAUUGUCCCUGCAGUUGUCACCCCCCUAAUCUCCACCCAAUUUACUGCAUACCUCACGCUGCCAUCCACAUUGCUUAGAUUCAGCUGGGACCUUGGCGAUGGCAGCCCACCUAUUAUUGUCCACGGAAAGGCAGAUGUGGUUCAUACCUAUCUCAGCGCUGGUAAUUACACACUGAAACUGUUGGUGAGUGGAGAUGUAGGGAGUGAUGUUUAUAACAGAGUCAUAACUGUAGAAGAGAAGAUCGUCACUGUGACCCUUAAUGCAUCAACUACAGUAGCUAAUGUAUCCCAGCCUGUUCUCUUCCACGCAAUGGUGCAACCUUUACCAGAUCAUCACCACCAGUACUGGUUUCAGUGGGAUUUUUGUCUGGGAAUGCUACCUAUACACACUUCCUCACCAGAUGUUAGCUGGACAUACAUGCAUGAAGGAGAAUACAAUGUAACAGUGUCAGUCUGGAAUCAUGUGAGCCAGCAUCAAGUGCAGUGUUACUUGACCGUGCAGCAGCCAAUUUUAUCUGUAACUAUAGAGCACAGUGGUGGAGAUAUGAUCCCACGUGGUGUUCAGAAGACAUUCAUUGCUAAGAUCACACCGGAUAUCUCUGCUCAGUUUAUUUGGUAUUUUGGAGAGUCAUCUUUUUCUUAUAUUGAGCAAAAUGUUACACACACCUUCCAUGUAUCAGGGAAUAUAACAGUUACUGUCCAUGCAAAGAACAAUGUGAGCCACAGUAAAGCCUCCAUUACCCUAUAUGUACAAUCCCCUAUCACAGCACUGUCUCUGAGUGCUGAUCUUGUACUAGCAAAGUCUAAUCAAGUCAUCAGUUUCUUGGCAUCUCUGUCUAAUGGGGAUGCUGUGCAGUAUUUCUGGUCAUUAUGUGAAUUAUGUCCAUAUCUAAGUGGGCCCUCAAACAUGUCACAUAUAUUUUCUGAUCCUGGCAUCUUUAUGGUUAGAGUGCAGGCAGAAAAUAAAGUGAGCUCUGCCCAGGCUUUUGUGAUAGUGGAGGUGCAAGAGCAAGUGCAGGGUGUUAGCAUAUGGCAAGAGAACACACAGGUGAAUGGAUUUGCUGGAUUUUCUGAGCCCCUCACUCUCACAGCUCAUGUGGUCAAAGGUUCUAACCUUACCUACCACUGGGUCUUAAAACCUGGGCAAUGGGAAAGCCAGAACGCGUCUAUCACUUUCCACCCAUCUGCCUUGGGAGAAUUGUUUGCAGAGGUGUGGGUAGAAAAUGCAUUGGGAUCAGUAUGUGCACAAUCCCGACUCCAAAUCCUAGAGAGGAUAAGUAAUGUCUCUAUACAAAGUUCUGUUGGUGUUGCCCCCCUUGGCACACCUGUGAGCCUAACUGUUCUUGUUCAGUCUGGCACUGGCAUGCAGUAUACAUGGGACCUUGGGGAGGGAUCAUCUGUACAUACCAGCCAAAAUCAGACAUUUACUUUAAAAUACUUCACUCCAGGCUCAAAGGUAAUUACUGUUACAGUAUCCAAUGCUUUAAGUUCAAACACUGUGUCAACAGAGUUGACAGUACAGGAAGCUGUGUCCAAUAUUAACAUUGACAUCCAGGGUGCAUUUAAUUUUCAAGUAGUGAUGUCACACAAAACAGUUUUAUUGUGUGGCUUUGCAGAACUUGGCACUGAGUUAAUGUGGGAAUGGAUAGUUUCUGGAAUUAAUGGAGAUUCCAAAUACAGUACACAGAUUGUGUCACACACCUUCACAGAGCCUGGACAGUAUUGGCUGCAGCUUCAGGUUUGGAACUCAGUGAGCAAUGCUAACAUUUCCCAUAUGUUACUUGUGCAGGAUAUAGUAACUGGCUUCAUUGUCGUUACAGAGAGGAGCAAUACCUGUACAGGGCAAGAGGUCAACUUUUGUUACAGUGUUCAAAGUGGCACAAAUGUGACAUUUACAAUGACUGUUCCACAGCUAAAUCUAUCUCAAGUUCAUCUAAAAAAGUGUGGUCAUGUUAACUUUAAUUUCUCUGGUAUGUAUGAAGUUUUGGCAUAUGCAUUCAAUAAUGUCAGCAGAGCUAAUUUUAACUUUAGCAUUCAUGUACUGGAAACAGUGAGAGGUCUGAAGGUACUAAGUCUACCCUCUGCCUGGCCCGUAAGGCAGUCUCUGUAUUUAAAUGCCACACUGGAAGUUGGACAUCUCUCAAGCUUUGAUUGGACCUUCAAACAGCUUGGACAGGCUGAGCAUUCACUUACAGGGCAUAGAGUAGAAUUAACUCCUCUGGAAGAAGGAACACUCCAUAUUCUUCUCAAUGUCAGCAACCUUUGCAGUUUUUCCUCACUCGUAUCAUCUAUGAUUAUUCAGGCACCAGUGACUAGUGUUUAUUUGAAGAGCAACAGUAAAGAGGUCUUUCUAAGUCAAUGUAUCACAUUUACUGCUGUUAUAUCAGAUGGUUCAGAUUUGCAAUUUCAUUGGACAUUUGAAGACUCUGAAAAAAAUCUCACAGGUGUAGAGAGGUCUGUUGAACAUUGUUUCAACAAUGCAGGGAUAUUUGUUAUUCAAGUGACUGUGUUUAAUCUUGUGAGCUUGGUUCAUGCUAAUACAACAGUAAUUAUAAGGUCACUGAACUGUGAACAACCACACGUCUGGCUUGUGGAAUCUCCCCCAGUUGUGUACCCAGCUUUUGGUGCUAGUUUUGAGGUAAUUGUUGAUCUAAAAGGCUGCACCAAAUAUAGGGCAAUAUACUUAUGGCAGUUGUACAAAGGAUCAGUUUGCUAUGACAAAAUAUUAGACCUCCCAAAACUGGACACCUCCAACACUCUACUAGCCAUCCCUGGAGGCAAUCUGAAGAUUGGAAUGCACUGCUUACUUUUUACAAUCCGCCUUCAAGGCACUCCCCUCUCUAAUAAAGUUAUACAUAGAUUUGAAGUAAAACAUAGUUUGCUGGUGGCACGGAUACAUGGAGGAUCAAAACAGACUUGGCCAGCAGAAACAGACUUGAUUUUGGAUGGCACGGAAUCUUAUGACCCUGAUGUGCAUGAGGGACAACAAGAGACAGAUAUCGCAUAUGAAUGGAGAUCAGAAUCACUGGAGAAUGAGAAUUAUUCCUGCUCACUACCCUCUUUACCUGGUCUCUCAAAGAUUUCAAUUAUAGGGUCUGCACUUUGUGCCAAUACCUCAUACAUCUUCACAUUGUCUGUGCGGAAGCCAGGGAGAGAGCUGGCAACAACCAAGCAAAUAGUCACGCUCCAUAUUGGUCCAGUGUUCCCAGUUUACGUUCAGUGCAUUUCUUGUUAUUUGUCAACUUCUUCUCAGAUAAGCCAUAGGGUUCCUGUGGUGUUACGCGGUGAAUGCGGUACCUGCAAUAAUGACACUUUGUUUAUUUGGAGCGCCACUGAUUCUAAUGGACAUUUUCUGGCUCUGGACAUGCACACAACUACCACUGGCCCCACAACACGGGAACUUGUGAUUAGGAAAGGAACUCUGCCUAAUAAUCUGAGCUACACAUUCACCCUGCAUGUUACUCAUCAGAAGGAGCCAGGCUGGGGAGAAGGCAGAAUAGUUCUACAACCAAAUAACCCUCCCACUGGGGGACACUGCUCGUUGGCUCCCCAGAGCACUAUAUUAUGGCAUGAGACUCCUCUGGAAUAUAACUGCACAGGAUGGAGCAAUCCAGAUAUGGGCAUGCAGCUAUUCUACGUUCUAUCAGCUCAGAGAUGCUCAGCCGUGGGUUGCCAGAAACUAUAUUUAUAUCGUGGAUUGAGGAGCUGGCACAGUGUGCGGGCUCCUGCAGGCGGUGACGGUGGCGUCAUUACAGUGUACAUGGAAGUUGAAGAUAUGCAGGGCGAUCGGACCCUGGCAAUAAAUCGUCUCCAUUUUCCCUUUUCUCCCCCUCUGUACAGCAGUCUAUCAGUCUUGAUGCCCGCCCUGUCCCGUGGUAUUUCCAGAACACAGUGGUUGUGGAAUCACAGUGAAUCGUUGUUGGAGCAUUUGCAGCUAGUGAGUGACACACCAUUAGUGCUGCAGCUUGCUCUGGAAAUGAUCACUGCCUUAAACCUGGAUAAUAAUACAACGGACAGGGAGCACAAUUACCACGUCCAAAUACGUAACAAUGUAACACAGGCAGUGUCUUCUGUUAAUCUCUCCAGUUUGUGGGAGGUAGCUGCUGUCAGUGCAGCUUUGACGCAAUGCAUGGACCCUCAUGAGAUGGAUACUGCAAUAUGGCUUAAAGUCCUGGAAGUCACAGAGAAAAUGAUCCAUGUGCUGACUGUGGAAGGUGACAGGGGUCAAAGAGCUGAGAAUGACAUUCAAGAAAACAUACUCACUCUGCUAGGUGGUGCUUUGACUUCCUCAUAUUCUGAAGAUCUUUCUCUCUUUGCCUUUAACCUGGCACGAACAUUGACAGUAUCUCUCGGGAGGUCACGGAUGAUUGGUGAGGAGCCUCUGAUAAUUCAUGUUCCUGGAGUUAAAAUACAAGCAACAAGAAUUCUUCCUCAGCACCUGCUGUACUCAACUCCUUCUGACCUCAGCCAAGACUCUAAGCUGCAUGUUCUGCCAAGUACUUUGUUAGGUCACCAUGAACUCCUACAAGUAACUAUAGAGCUGGACAAUAACCCUUUUCCUGAUGGACUUCUUCCUAAUAUGUCUGUGACAUCCCAACUAGUGGCUUUGGAAUUCACAUCACUCAGGGGGGAUUCUGUACCAGUGAAAGACUUGCCAGCAGGUUCAGCCAUUCAACUGAGAAUGCCUGUCAGGAAAGAGGUCAUUCUGACCCCAACAUCAGUCUUCCUACCACCAAGAGGGAGUGCCAACAUUACAGUAACUACUGAGCUGGCACACAGAUCUGCAGGAACACAUUUGUACAUUGAUAUCACUACAAUGAAUGGGUCAGACUGGUCUCUUGAAAAUUCCCCAACAUUGUUAAUUUCAUAUGGACCUAUUCAUUCCACCAAUCAAUCUGUCAGGAAAAGGAUCUACAUGUACAAUCUAACUCUUGGGGCACAGGACAGACAAAAUAUAAGCCUGCUUCUUCCCAGUAAAUGGAGUUGGCCAGUGUCCUUGCUUGAGUAUCAGGUCAAUAUCACUAGCCUGCUUUCAAUCAACUCAGUCACAGCCUCUGUCAGCCUCUUCUCAAGCCUUUGUCAGUACUUCCAUAUGACCAGCCAUAGAUGGAGAACAAAUGGCAUGACCCCAAGCAAUGCCAGCCAACCACACCAGGCCGUUUGUCAUACUCGCCACCUUACACUGUUCGGUGCCAGUGUUUUUGUGCCCUUACAUCACCUUGUUUUGCUUCCCCCUGAUCCUCAACAAUGGACACUUGUGGUGACAUGUUGUUUAGUGCUUCUUUCUUUAUAUGUGCUGCUGGUCCUAAUUUCUCACAAGUUGGACCAUUUGGAUGUGUCACGAGUAGGAAUCAUUCCACUGUGUGGUCCGCAAGGUCAAUACAGAUACUGGGUACUGGUGAAGACAGGCUGGAGGAGGGGCGCAGGUACAACUGCGCAUGUUGGGAUCUGUCUGUAUGGACUGAAUCAGAGCGGAGCCCGUGACCUGGACAACAGGGGAGGUUUUAAUACUGGGAGUAUUGAUAUAUUCCAGGUUGAAACAGAUAGUAACUUGGGAGAGAUUUGGAAGAUUCGUGUGUGGCAUGACAACACUGGCUUGGAUCCUACAUGGUUCCUGCAAUAUGUGGCUGUGUGGGACAAGCAGACAGAUUUCCUUUACUUCUUUCUGCUGAAUGACUGGCUGUCCGUAGAGAAUGAACGUAAUGGAGGAAAAGUGGAGAAAGAGAUCCUGGCAACUUGUCCUCAAGAACUCAACAGUUUUUCCCAAGUGUUUCCAGCACAACUACGUCUUGGUGUCACAGACUGGCACCUCUGGUUGUCUGUGUGGUUGCGUCCUGCACGGAGCCGCUUUACACGUAUUCAAAGAGUGACAAGCUGUGCACUGACUCUUCAUCUUUACAUGGCAGCUUGUUCCCUGUGGUAUGGCGCAGUUGGAGUUCAGGGAAAUAGUUAUCGUCUGGGAUGCCAGUCUCUGCUUACAUGGCAAAGUGUUUUUGUUGGGAUCCUUGUGUGUCUGAUUGUUCUUCCACUGCAGCUUCUAGUCACAUUCCUUUUCCGGGAAACACGUAGUUUGGUAUUUGUAGAUGAUUUGGCUACCUCAACUUCAUCCGCAGAUGAGGAACUGCAUGUAGAUACUUCAUCCAUGUUAUCCAUCCCUGGAAAGGCAGACUCUCUGCUGGACAUCACUUCACUCAGCUGUAGGUCCAUCACCAGCAGCAAGUUUGCCUUUGACAUUGGCAAGGAUUUCUGCUGGCAUACAGGAAGUUCCCAGCCCAUCUGGAUAUCUUCUUGUGAUAGUUUAUAUGAUGCCCAGUAUGAUAUUCCUUCAGAGUCAGCAUUUGGCUUUAUGCAGCCUAUGUGCAAAAAGAAUGACUAUGAUCACUGCAGGUUGCAAUCUGCCUGCAGCUCUGGAGAUGACCUACUAUCACUAUCAGAGGAGUCCAGCUGCAGUCCACUCUUCACGCUGUCAGAGGAGAACUUACUCCAGUCCAUUGUUGCUGACACGCAUGUGUGGAAACUGACCGAGGAAUCAGACAGUGGCAGAUUUUCAUCCCACCAAGACCUAGGGUCACCAAGUACUGAGAGUGGAUACAGUCUCAUGUUUGAGGAUGACAACUGCUAUGUGACUGGAUGCUGCUCUGAGAACAACCAGUGGGAUAGAGCUAGGAGAGGGUCAUAUUCCUCCUCUCUUGUUUCUGAUGGGACCAGUAAUGAUUCUGAACUCCAGGACCGGUGGGAUAGCUCAUCAGUAUCUCCUUCCCCCUUUACAACAUGCAUUGGUGUUCGCUGGAGACCUCUAGGUUGGCUAUUCCCUUCCUGGAUGCUGUGGUUGGUUUACUCAGUGUCAUUUAUUCUAUUAUCUGGCUGUAUUGCAGCCACAAUCCUAUACAUUUCAUCUCUUUCUGAGCAUGGCCUUUUAUUAUGGCUCAUUUCCACUACCUGUGCACUGCUUACAUCUGCUUUCCUGUUGGAGCCAUUUAAGGUGGUGUUGCUUUCACUUUACUAUGCUCUAUGCCGCCCACCAGUACUCAGUGAAGGUUUGGGGCUCGUGGAGGAGCCAGUUGUUAAGAAGAUAUCAGAUCAUUCAAACAAAGUUCGGGCUCCGGGAGGCUUCAGCCUUCAGCAGGCUAAACAAGAAGCAAGGAGAGUGCGUGCACUGAGGACCAUGAUCAAGAGCUGUACAGGUUACAUGGUUUUCUUUCUGCUGGUCCUGCUGAUGAAUUUUCAAAGCAGUUUUCAUGACAACAACAACCGGCUCCUUCACACAGCAAUAAAACAAUCUGUUACCAGGGCUGCAGCUGGAGCUGAGAUGAACUUUACUACAAUCAGAAGCAUCUCUGACUUAUGGCACUGGCUAGAUAGUACAUUACCUGAUCACCUUUACAGUAACCCUCGACUGACCUUGCUGGGAUCUCCACGUUUGUGCCAGCUUAAUGUUUUGCCUUUGAGUUCAUCAGGUUGGUUUCCCAUCUUACACUCGCAGUCAGAUUCUUUGAAGAAGAUGCCACUCAGCUCUUCUGCCACUGGCUGGGUAUAUCCAGAAAUCUGCUCCAACUUUACAUUGGGACCAAACUUUACACAUGAGCAUGACCACUCUGGUUGCCAGCAGAAUCCAUGUCAGGAACUUGGUAACACAUUGGAAAAGAUGCAGAAAACCAUCCGAGCCCUGAACAAUAUAAACUGGAUCCAUCAGAAUGUACUGCAACUGGAAAUCACACAGUAUCACAAAGAUGUUCGUCUUCACAUCUCCUCUGUCCUCCAGUUGGAUCUCUCACCUCAUGGAAUCAGCCCGUCCAGACUUUCCAUCCUCCCAUUCCACAUCCAGGAAUUGAGACAUGGCCUCAACCUGCCUAUGGCACUAGCUUUAUCCCUCUUGUGUGCUGCUCUUUGUUUCUUGUGUCCGGAACUGGCUGCCAUGGUUAAUGCCCGUUAUGUGAACUCAACUUCCUCUCCCCAUUGGACAAGGAUUCUUAUAGGGCUGGUCUCUGCAGCCACAGGCAUUGUGCAUGUUGCCAGGAUUUGUCUAACAAAGCAUCGGAUGGAUCAAUUUCAGGCAAAACCUUGGUCAUUUAUCAGCCUGUAUGAUAUAGCAUUGCUGUCAAGAACACAGGCGGCACUGUCUGCCACCCUGUUAUUAUUAGUUAUGCUAAAGGUUGCUCAACAAUUGCGCUUUGUGCGGCGGUGGGCAGUCUUUGGCAAAACACUACAGAAGUUAAGGGUGGAGCUACUGGGAUUUGUUUUUCCUAUGACAAUCUUAACCUUGGCAUUUAUUCAUUGUAUGAGUGUGGUGUCCUAUGUAAUAUUGCCAAUGUCCAAUGUCCUCUGCAGCCCACUCUUUAGUUUAUUGAGGGGCGGUUCUUCUCUCCAGUGUAUCCUACAGAGUUGCUCCUUACUAGGAUGGUGUCUUGGAUUGGUACGGAGCCUGUUGGUGGUAUGGCGAGGACUUCUGUUUGGAGCAAUACUAAAUAUUUUUCGCACUAUCAAAGCUGAGAGUUACCGCCCAGCCCUGGAGCCUCAAGACCACGAGAUGAUAGAUUUUCUUGUCAAAAGGUUCAAACUGUGGCUGGGAGUCAGCAAAGUAAAAGAGUAUCGCCAUACUGUGAAAUUUGAAGGUUUGGAGUCUUACUCAACCUGCACUUCCCUGGCCUGCUCCCGCGCACAAUCUGCGACUGUGCUGUCCACUGACUUCUCUUCUUUUCCUCAUGAAGUCCUGGUCUCUCCAACCAGUCCUCGGCCUAUACUCUCACCUGGGCUAGCUGUGGAACACCUUCCUACAGCAGUCAGUGACCUCUUGGACAGGAUGGAUAAAGUGACUGUGGUUCUAAAAGAAAUAAGAGUUUUGGAGCAAAAGUUGAAACUUUGGCAAAAAAACCAGCAGUCUCACAAAGUGCCACAUAAGGAAAUCUCCUCAACCACCUCUGGUACUUAUAGGCAACUGCUGCCACGCACCUAUAGCACAUUUUCAGAGUCAGCCCUAACUCACAUAAAAUCAAAGUCUAAAUCAGACAGCUUCUCACGUAGGGCAGCUCCAGAUAGUGCCGGCCUGCCAGUAAACACUGCAUCUGCUGGUCUGCAUAAAACCAGACUGACCACAAGAAGGCCCCAUAGCCAUGAAAGAACCGGAGUCCAUAAGCAAAAUGAAGACCCUAUUCUACCAAUUCCACGAAAACGCAGAGCCUGGGACUUGGAGAAACCUGGAGAUACAAUGUUAUAAACUGAUUAGAACUACUGUUAACAUUAAAAAAAUCAAAGCUAUAUUGCCCUUCUAUGCAGAGGAAGGCACUUACAUAGGCUAUAAUAAAUAUUUUGAUUCCAAAUGUCAAA